GACGUUUCUUUUAAAUAUUCUGUACAAAAAAUCCAAUUAGUUCCUGCUUUUCUCUUUCUGCUCCUUUGUUGGCUGGUAUUGCAAAUAAUAUCUAUGGAGCUUAAGUGCAGGUGAGUAAUUUGUUUUGCUUCUGCAGAUUAAUAUAAACAUUGUGUGCAGAUUGGUGUGGAUUGGAGCGCUGCAUCAUGGAUCAGAGGGAGGAGCAGAAAGAAGGAGAAACUCUGUGUGAAACAGAGAAUCAUAGCAAGGCCAAGAGGAAACAAUCUGAAGAUGAACUGGAUCCAGAGCUCUGUGAUAACAGGUCCAUGGUGGAUCUUGUGGAUUUUAAAUCAAACCAGCAUUCAGAGAGAGUGAAGUUCUCAGAAGUCCCUAGUGGUCAGUCUGCCCAACAGCGUCCAGCAGAGCUGCACUCCAUAUUUCUGGAGCUUAAAAAGAACAUUUUCACUUUCGUCGAGAAUGAGCUGAAAAAUAUCGAAAUGGUUCUGGGUUCAAAUAACCCAGAAGGUCUGGAGGGGAAUGAGGAUGAUGACGUUUUAGAGGAUGAAGAUAAAGAGCAAAUGAACAGGAGCAGAGAAGAUUUUGAGAAGAUAGUACAGCGCUUCCUCAGAAGGAUGAACCAGGAGGAGCUGGCUAACUGUCUUCGACUCAAAUCACUCAUCACAUGCCAGCAAACACUAAAGUCUAACAUGAAGACGAAGUUCCAGCAUGUGAUUGAAGGGAUUGCUAAGUCAGGGAAUCCAACAGUUCUGAAUGAAAUCUACACAGAGCUCUACAUCACAAAGGGACACUCUGGAGAGGUCAAUAAUGAACAUGAGGUCAGGCAGAUUGAAACAGUGACCUGGAAACCAGACAAACCAGAAACAGCAAUUAGACAUGGAGACAUAUUUAAACCUGUAUCUGGAAGAGAUAAACCAAUAAAAACAGUGAUGACAACUGGAGUGGCUGGCAUUGGGAAAACAGUCCUAACACAGAAGUUCACUCUGGACUGGGCAGAAGACCAAACUAACCAGGACAUCCAGUUCACAUUUCCAUUCACAUUCAGAGAGUUGAAUCUGUUAAAAGAACAAUUCAGCUUGGUGGAGCUUAUUCACUAUUUUUUUAGUGAAACCAAAGGAAUCUUCAAAUUUGAAAAGUUAAAGGUUGUGUUCAUCUUUGAUGGUUUGGAUGAGAGUCGACUUCCACUGGACUUCCACAACAAUGAGAUCCUGACAGAUGUAAGAAAGUCCACCUCAGUAGAUGUUCUUCUGACAAACCUCAUCAGAGGGAACCUGCUUCCCAAAGCUCACCUCUGGAUAACCACACGACCUGCAGCAGCCAAUCGGAUCCCCACUGAGUUUGUUGGCAUGAUGACAGAAAUUAGAGGAUUCACUGACCCACAGAAAGAUGAGUACUUCACAAAAAGAUUUGAAUCGAAGAAGCAGGCCAGCUUGGUGAUCUCCCAUGUAAAGAAAUCCAGAAGCCUCCACAUCAUGUGCCACAUCCCAAUCUUCUGCUGGAUCACUGCUAAAGUUGUGGAAGACAUGUUGAACAAGAAAGAUGGAGAAGAGCUGCCAAAGACCCUGACAGAGAUGUACAUCCACUUCCUGGUGGUGCAGACCAAAGUGAAGGUCAUCAAGUAUGAUGGGGGAGCUGAGACAGAUUCAAUCUGGAGUCCAGAGAGCCGGAAGAUGAUCGAGUCUCUGGGAAAACUGGCUUUUGAACAGUUGCAGAAAAGAAACCUGAUCUUCUAUGAACAAGACCUGGCAGAGUGUGGCAUUGAUAUCAGAGCAGCUUCAGUGUGUUCAGGAGUGUUCACACAGAUCUUCAGAGAAGAGAGAAGUUUGUACCAGAUCAAAGUGUUCUGCUUCGUCCACCUGAGUGUUCAGGAGUUUCUGGCUGCUCUUCAUGUUCACCUGACCUUCAUUAAAUCUGGAAUCAAUCUGCUGGCAAAGGAAGAAAUGAAAUCAAAGGACUUUGAAACAAGAAGCCAUGUAUCCUCAGAGAUAGAAAUGUACAAGAGUGCUGUGGACAUGGCCCUUGAGAGUCCAGACGGACACCUGGACUUGUUCCUCCGCUUUCUACUUGGUCUUUCACUGGAGACCAAUAAACGUCGCUUAAGAGGCUUUGUGGCACAAACAGAAGACAGUUUAGGAACUAAUAAAGACACAGCCCAGUACAUCAAAGAGAAGUUGAAUCAUUAUGGUGUUGAGAAAAGCAUCAAUCUGUUCCACUGUCUAAGUGAACUAAAUGAUCAGUCUCUGAUGGAGGAAAUCCAACAAUCUCUACGUACAGGAAGUCUUUCAGCACACCAGCUGUCUCCUGCUCAGUGGUCAGCUCUGAACUUCAUCCUACUUACAUCAGAGAAAGAGCUGGAGAUAUUUGACCUGAAGAAAUACUUUGCUUCAGAGGAAGCUCUUCAGAAACUGCUGCCAAUAGUCAAUGCCUCCAGCAAAGCUAUACUGAGUGGCUGUAACCUCUCAGAGAGAAGCUGUGAAGCUCUGUCCUCAUUGCUCAGUUCAACAUCCUCUAGUCUCAAAGAUCUGGACCUGAGUAACAACGACCUGACAGAUUCAGGAGUGAAGCUGCUCUGUGAGGGACUGAUGAGUCCUAACUGUGAACUGGAGAUUCUCAGGCUUUCAGGCUGCCGGAUCACAGAGGAAAGCUGUGCUGCUCUGGCUUCAGCUCUGACUGUGAACUCCUCUCACCUGAAGGAACUGGACCUCAGCUACAAUAAUCCAGGAGAGGCAGGAAGGAAAAGUCUAGAAGCUGUAUUGAAUAAUCCAAGCUUCAAACUGGACUCUCUACACGUGGAGCCUGCAGGAGACAAAUGGAUGACAGCAGGUCUGAGGAAAUAUUCCUGUCCACUAACAGUCGACCUAAACACUGUGAACAGAUUCCUCAAACUUUCUGACAAAAACAGGAAGGUGACACAUGUGGAAGAGGAGCAGCCGUAUCCUGAUCAUCCAGACAGAUUUGAUCUCUAUCAGCUGCUGUGUACUGAUGGUUUGACUGGUCGCAGUUACUGGGAGGUUAAGUGGGGUGGGAAAGUCUAUGUUUCACUGAGUUACAGGGGAAUCAAUAGAAAAGGAUUCAAUGACGAUUCCUGGUUUGGAUUGAAUGAUAAAUCCUGGAGUCUAAUCUGCUCUGAUGAUGGUUACACUGUUUGGCAUGAUAGUGUAAAAAAAGCUUUCAUCCCUGAUCCCUCCUUCUCCUCUUCCUCCUCUGUCUGUGGCAGAAUAGGGGUGUAUGUGGACUGUCCUGCUGGGACUCUGUCUUUCUACAGAAUCUCUUCAGAUACACUGAUCCACCUCUACACCUUCAACACCAAAUUCACUGAACCUCUUCAUCCUGCAUUUGGGGUCAGGGAUCUUUCAGGAGUGUGUUGGUUCUCAUUUUAGAAAAGUCUUAAGUCCUUUUCAAAACUAAUACAACAUCUUAAGAGCUAUCAAUGCAUUAAAAACAGAAGAAAAUAAUAAAAAGUCACAUUAAAUAAAAUUAUUUUUAAAAGAAACAACACCGUCCUUCAAUCUUAAGUCCAAACAAAAGAGAAAUCUGGAGUCUAGGAUCCACUGAACUAAAGGUUCUGUCUUCCUUUGUUUUCAAUUUACCAUAAAGAGUCAUCAGCAGGUCCUGAUCACAGGGAUAUGAGGCUGCAGUGGCCUUCGGAUAUUUCAAUGUCAAUGUCACUGCAUCAAUAUUGGAGUCACGUAUGAAAACCUGUAGGAUUUGUCAGAAGCCUGGCAGCAUCAUUUAGUUCAUCUUGCAACCAUUCUAGGGAAGGUAUGCUAAGAUGCACAGAGUGCACUGAUCUAACCAAAGCCUGGAUAAUCAGUUCUGAGAAUAAAGAUUUCAUUACCAGAUUAUUAAAAGGAAUGAAUCAAAGUCUGUAUGUGCAUCCAAAGUAAAGUCAGAAUGUAAGUUUUUGCCCAAAACCUCUCAGUUUUUUGUCAAUAAGCUCUGUGAAAUGCAUUUUUCUGAUGUACAUCUUUGUUCUCUAAGUUUGUGAAAACUUGUUAAGAAGUAGAUUUUCUUAGUUGUUAUUGGUGACUGAAGACAGUGUAAUGUAAUCUACUGUCUUACUUGUGUAAUCUACUUGCACUUUUGAGCCAUUUGAACAGCACUAUAUUCUAAUGUUACAGUAAUGACGUUAUGCAUUGUUUCUUUUCUUGUGAUUAGAUUAAUUACCAAUAAGAAGAAUAAAUACUUUGAAAUAUACUUCUUCACUAAUAUGUUAUAAGUGUUACACAUAAAUGAUAUAAAAGUGAGUGACAUCUUAUUUUUAUUUGCACAACAUUAUUUAUGUACGUUAUUUUAUAUCCUGCCUGUUUACACGGCAACUCGUUACCGGCGCAGAGUGCAGUACCUACCGUGACCACGAGGGGCCUCCAAGAACAAUUUUUUUUUUCUUUUUAUCAAUAAAAUUAUUUCUACAUAUAUUAUCAAAUAAAUAUUAUUGUAAAAACAAA